CGUUGUGGGUUAGCGCUUGAACGACUGAAUGUCAUUUGGGUAUCCCGCAAUUUAUCUCCACUUUUUGGCUCCAACUGAGCACCGCAAACACCACAACGAACAUACAGCAACCCAAUAACCCACUUACUUUGAGAAACGAAAGAUAACGAACUUUUAACACCUUCCCAACCCAACCCAAGCCAGACUACAUGCAUUAACAAAAUUACGCAACAAUGAGGUAUCGUCCAUCAACUCCAUUGAUCUUUUUUGCCUAUCUUGUAUCGUCUUGUGCUGGUGACUGGACCGAGAGUCUUCAUGGAUAUUUCUCCUACAAAGAUGCCGCAUGCCAAGACAGUUCGACCAUUGCCGGUACGGCAGUGAUGAGCUACGACGAUGACGACUUCACCGCCAUGUAUGGAAUGGAGUUUGAUUACGAAGGAAGCUGCUUGUAUUACGUGGGAGGAUCCAUCGAUAUUUACUCGUACGAUAUUGACAAGGAAAUCUUUGGAGAAGGCGUCUGUACCGAGUGCUACGGCAUGGUGGGGUGUUCUACCGAUGGUUCCUGUGACAACUUUAUGACAUACACUGCAUCGGUCCGUAGUAGUAGCAGUGGAUACCAGUUGACUGGCAGCAAGACGCGACUGGACAAUGAAACUCUACAAGAGCUCAAGGAACCUGCCCUGGGUCUUCAAAAUUCCGUCCAGAAUGCCGUCUUUUACCAUGAAAACCGGAGUAGUGGUGCGCCCCAAGACGAUCCACGCUUCUACAUUCUAGGAGGUGCGAUAGGGUGCGUCAGUCUGCUGGGUUUGGUUGCCGUUCUGGAGCGAUUGCGUCAACGACGAGUCGCAAGGGAACAAAAGGUGCUAGAGCUGAGCGAUGGCGCUGGUGGCGACUACUUCAAUACAGUUUAGUCGGUAUGGUUACAGCCAAUAUCCACAGUACCUUUCUCUCUCUGAAGAUUGGAUCUUCGCCAUGGGGAAGUGACUGGGAAGGGAAUGAUGCGUCAGUGGGCUGCAUACUCUAAACUACAUAAUUUUCUCUUAUACAUGUAUU